AUUUUCGCUUUAGUUAGUUAUUGAACGGCUCCCGGUUAAUUAACCCAUCACGUCCGUCCACGUCGGUUCGUCAGCGCAAGGCUACCGUAAGGUCCUGUGACAGAGUCUCGCAUCCUGCAACGAGUGGAUCGAGCGUGAAUCGUUGCGGGAGAAAAUCCAUCGCUUGUUCGAGUGGUUCGUUGGAGUGAAAGUUUCAACAACAAAUUUCUCGAAUUCUACUAGUUAACCAUGGACGAUGAGGAGCAAAGGAAACUCAUCAUGCGCAAGGCAUUCCAGAUGUUCGACACGACGAAGACCGGCUUCAUCGAUACGCUCAAGAUUGCCACCAUUCUAACGACGCUGGGCCAGCAGUUCGAUGAUGGCGAGUUGCAGGAUCUGAUCGACGAGGAAGACCCCGAGGGCACAGGGAAGGUGAGCUUCGACGGAUUCGCGAACAUCGCGUCCAACUUUUUGAUAGAGGAGGAAGACGCCGAGGCAAUGCAGCAGGAACUGAAGGAAGCCUUCAGAUUGUACGACCGCGAGGGCAAUGGCUAUAUCACCACUAGCACUCUGAAGGAGAUAUUGGCUGCUCUGGACGAUAAGCUGUCGAACGAAGACCUUGACGGCAUCAUCAACGAAAUCGAUACUGACGGCUCCGGUACUGUUGAUUUCGAUGAAUUCAUGGAGAUGAUGACUGGGGAAUAAAUCAGCAGUAGGUCGAAUAUAGAAUUAACGAUAGUGUAGAUUUAUGUAGUAAGUAUCAACGAAUCGACUUCUUGAGCAUUUGCAUAAUGACCAACAACGGCUACGGCAGCACCGGAAUGCACAGUGUGGAUUCGAGCUUUUCUGCAUAUCAAACAUCAGAGUUUUCUUUCAGUAAUGGACUACCGACGCAACCGCCGCCAAACUGAGCCACGGAAAAGAUAGCACCGGCUACGAGAGCUCCAAUUCAAGCUUUCAUCUAUCUCCUGGCAUGGAAGUGCCUGGAUGUGCCGGCGGUGUUAGUUUGCUUUUCCAAUUUACGAUGCUUUUUCCCUGCCACCACACACACUUGUUUGUACCCAUUGACACCAGAAUACCACAGUUAUUGUUCAGUGUAGAUAUACUAUGAAAAUGUACAAUGUAAUGACAUAAUUACAAACAAAUAAAGUGUUAAAUAAAUAAACAAAAUAUUCAAUUCAA